AUGAAGUCUCUUCUUCGUCUCUCACUCCUGCUUCUUCUGGCUGCAGUUCUGGUGCAAGGAAUGCCAACCUCCAGCAGAGGACGCUGUCUUUGCAUAACAGCUGGUGCACCUUCAAUCCACCCAAAACAUAUUGCAAAGGUUGAAAUAUAUGGGCAAAGCAGCAGUUGUCAGAAAAUCGAAGUGAUUGUCACACUGAAAGAGAGCAAGCAAAGAAAAUGUCUGAACAGCAAAUCCAAGCAAGCAUCACGCCUGAUACAGAAAUUCUUGAAGAGAAGUAACUAACAGCAGCGACCCGAAAGGAAGACUGUGCAAAACUACUAGUGGACAUGACUGCUCACGUCAUUUACCUGCUCACAACGAGGCGAGCACCCAGCCAGCCUGACUCGU